UUUUCUUUGGUCAUAAAUGUAAUGCUCUCUCUCUCUCUCCUCCAUUGCUCUCUUGCCCUUAGCUCCAGAGUUCAUUUUGACCGCUACCCACCCAAUCUCUGCCUCUUCUCCAUCUCCCCUUCCCCUUCCCCUCCCGUCAGUUUUCACCAAGGCUGACCCGACCAAGUCUUUUCAAUCAUGGAACCUUCCGAUCCCUCCGGCAGGGGAAAGCUGCUUCCGCCGCCGCAGCCGUCGCCCAAGAAGGAGCUCCAGCUCCAGGGCCCCCGGCCCUCCCCGCUCCGGGUCGCCAAAGAGUCCUACGCCAUCAAGAAGCCGCCGCGCCACCCGCCGCCGUACGCCGCGGCCUCCUAUGCGGCUCCCCCUGCUCCCCCGCCGGUGGCGGACCGGCAGCAGCCCACGAUCAUCUUCGACAUCUCGCCGAAGGUCAUCCACGUCGAGGAGCGGAACUUCAUGUCCAUCGUCCAGCAGCUCACCGGGUCCUCCUCCGGCGACCUCUCCCCGGCUGCCAGGAUGGCGGCGAUAGAGCGGACCAGCCCGACGGGCCGAGAAAAGGGCUUCGCCGCGGCGGCGGAGAUGGGCGGGUCGUCGGGGAGGGCCGGCGACGAUGACCUGAUGGGUAUGUUGGGAGAAGUUGAGCUGCGCCAGUUUCAGGGGAUACUGUCGCCGGCGCCGGGGGCUCUCCAGGCGAUACCGGCGGGGCUCUUCUCGCCGGCGACGGACCCGCACUUGUUGCAGGAUUUGAGCCCGUUUUGGCACGGGAACUACGGCUACAACAGCCCAUCGCCAUCGACCCUGUUCACGGCUCUCUCCCCCUCGCCGACUUCGUCGAUCGAUCUCUUCAACUUGUUCUCUAACUACUGAGCGUGAAGAAAGGCCUCGACUUUCGCGAGAUGCUGCGGAGGGAAUUCAAUUCGUCGCGCCCAACCAAGAACCCUUGGAGGGGUUGGUUUGCUUUGACUUUGACUGACUCCCACGAAGCUGGAUUUGCUUUCUAGAGAGACAGAGAGAGAGAAAGAAGGAGGGGAAGGAGCAGAAGCUGCUUUAGAAGACAGAAUAGGUAAAAUUCUUGUAGUGGUAUAUAUUCCUUUGUUGGUUUUUCUUUCAGCUUUUCUCAAUUUGGGUUGGAUUGUGAUGAAUUUUGUUAAGAGUUCUAUACUUGGGGUAGAAGAAAACAGGGUAGCGUAAUCUGGCCGAGGGAUGAAGAUUAGCGGCCCUCGCCGGAGAUUAUCAUAAGAGCUUCGCACCCGUCACAGGAUUUUCGAUUUGUAUCAUAGUUAUUCUGUACCAUUGACAAAACUCGGAAAUCCGAAAUCGGGCUGCAACUCUUCGCCGCGGCGGCGGGAAGAUAACAUUGGGGUUGGUUUCUGAUCUGUACGUUUUGUGUAGAGAAGGGAAGGAAGGAAGGAAGGUGGGGGAGUUCCUUGCAUUCAGUGACCAUCAAUUCAUAAAGCUUGGUGGGCUGCUCUGCUGUGUGGGAAGGAGGGUGGGGUAACUGGGGUUCAUUGGAACUUUUGGCAAAUUUUUUGGGGUGUAAAUUUGGGAUUUAGGGGAAGUUUGUGGAAUUAUCAAAUUGACAAGACGUAUUGAAGAUCGAUUCAUGGUUUCGGUCGUCGUUGUGGGCUUCCAGGACAGAUGCUGGCCUCUUUCUCCAACAUUUCCUUGAACAAAAGCUUACCCUUUUGGGUUUUCACACGAUUGCUUUGC